UCUCCUCCAAAUAUAGUCAAGACUCAAGAGAGAGAGAGAUAUAGAGAGUUAGAGAAAGAGAGAGAAACAAACUCUCACCCUCACUCACGCACACACACACACACACACUCUUUUUCUUUGUUCUUUUCUUCUCCCAUGGCUUGGCUUGCUCAUUCUCAUUCAUCAUCAUCAUCUCUACCCAAUACCCAGUUACCCACCUCUUCAAGUUUUGAUUUUUUCUUCACAAUUCACUUCCCAAACACAAACAACCUUCUAUACUAGUCCCUUCACUUCACCUUCACCUUCAAGUUUUCAUUUUUUUCUUCACAAAUUUCCACACUUGGCUUUGAAAUCUUGAUGUGAUGCCAUGAAUUUGGUUCAUCUUUCUCGCGAUUUUUGUGCUCUCUGCUCGAUAAUCUGAUCUGGGUAUUCGCUAGUUUUCUCUGAUCGUGCAAGAAAUUCAGCAUUUUUCUUCUGUUUCUGAAAAUUUUCACAUUUCUUGGAACCCCAUCAAUGGAAGAAGAUCAAGAAUGGAAGCACGUUUGCAAAUUCUGCAGCAAGAGGUUCCCUUGUGGGAGAUCGUUAGGGGGUCACAUGAGGUCCCAUUUCACCAAUGGUGAUUCAUCAAUUGAUCAGAAGGAGAACAAGAAGAAGAACAAGAACCCUUCUUCAUUGGCUAGUUCUGAAACUGGGUAUGGUCUCAGACAGAAUCCAAAAAGGACUUGGAGACUCAACGAUUGGAAUGAUGAUGAAGAAGAAGAAGAAGCAGCUAUGGUGUUUGAAAAUGUCUGCAAAGAGUGUGGUAAAGGGUUUCACUCUUUGAAAGCUUUGUUUGGUCACAUGAAGUGUCAUUCAGAGAAAGUGAGAGUGUUGAAGUUGAUCAAUCACAGUUUUCAUGAUCAAGAUUCAUGGAACAACAAUGUGGGUCGGAAUCGGAAUCAGAAGGUGGUGAUGGAUAGCCAAUCGGAUAGUGAAGCUGCUACCAUUGCUCCAAAUCGGAGGAAAAGAUCCAAGAGAAUAAGAACAAGGUAUGUGAUGAGUGGCAAAGUUGCUUCUUCUUCUUCUUCUCUGUCUUUUGCUGCAUACCCUUGUUCCUCCUCUGUUUCUGAGGCAGAGUUAGAGCAAUAUGAGGUUGCUAUAAGCUUGAUGAUGCUUAGUAGGGAUGUGAAUCCUUGGUGGGGUGGUCUCAAUUCUGUUGCUGAGUCUUCUGAGAAUAAUAACUCACUGCAUUUGGAAUUGGAAGCACCAUUUUCAGUUCCAAUUUCUAAGGUUGAGGGCAAGAGGCUUAUGAAUUCUGUUUCUUCUAAUCUGAACCCCAAAGGGGGGAAAGGUUCAGAAAUUUUGGUAGCUGAGAGUCUUGAAAAUGGAUCCAGGAUGGACAAAACCAGAGUUUGUGUAAAUGGGGUUGUCAAGAAUGUAAAGGAUGAGAAGCCAGAGUUUGCAUUUGAGGUCAAUGAUAAGUACACUAGUUCAAUGAAGGCAAAGUUGAAGAGUUUGGUGAACAAGGGUUCAGAAGGUGAAUUGAGCUGCAAGAACACUCAUAAGAGAGGCAAGUUUGAGUGCACUACUUGCAACAAGAUCUUCCACUCUUACCAAGCUCUUGGAGGUCACAGAGCUAGUCAUAAGAGGAUCAAAGGCUGCUUUGCUUCCAAAGCUGAGAGCAGUGAGAACAACAGCAUUGAAUUGGAAGCUGCAGAAGCAGAACUCUACCCUGAUCCUGAUCUAACAACAGAAAGUAAGCUCAUGAUGAAGAAACAUGAACUAGGUGCUGGUUUUGGUGAUGAGACCAUGAAGAGCAAAGAGCAUGAGUGCCCAAUUCGCGUCAAGGUUUUUCAAUCUGAUCAAGCCUUGGGUAGACACAAGAGAUCUCAUUUGGCUGGUGAGUCUGAGAGUAGUACUAGUCACAGUGAAACAGUUUCUGAAAUAGGGGACUUCCUUGAUCUCAAUCUUCCUGCUGCUACAGAAGAAGGAAGCAAUAGCCAUGGUGAGCCUUUCAGACCCUGGUGGAUAGUAAGAAGCAACCACAAGCAAGAGGCACUGGUAGGCCUCAUGUCUAACUGAACCUCUCAAUAGUCCAUUCAACUUGAGAGUGAGAAUUUCUUCAAACUGUGUAUAGAAAAGUUUAGUUUCUGCUUUCAUUUCAUUCAUUCUUUACAGGAUUCAUGUCCUCUUAGGUGUUGUUUCAGUUCUGUUCAUAUUCUUCAAGUAGUUCACUCCUUUUUGGGUGAUAUGUGAUUGACUAUUACUUUGUUCAUACUUCAAAAACUAAGUUCCUAUGCUGCAAA